AUGAUGUCUGCGGGAAUAUUGAAGGACACCGACAAAACCGAGGUCAGCAUUCGCGCCGCCUGUACCACUGGAGUAGUUGAGUCGGCCACCAGCAUUGCUCGACGCGCUAAUCGUGUAAUUCAGGUGGCCAACCGAGAGGCAGAGAACAGCGAGGAGACUGGUUAUGUGGAGCGGAUGAAUUGUGCCGUCAGGGAUCUCAGAUCCAGUGAGUUCAUGAUCUCCUUCUCGCGUCAGAACCACUCAUCUCCCGCCACUUUAUGUUAUUUCUUGCCUCCCCCUCAUCUCAUAUUUAUCCACCAACUUUUGAUGUCACCCUUUUUCCUCACCAUGACAACACAACUUCUCUUGAAGAUAUGA